AUGAGAUUUCUACUUUUAUUUGCAAGUUCCGCUCUAGUCCUCGCUGUCCCGAACAAUCUUCCCAAUUUUACUAUCGGCUCCGAACAUAACCUUACCUUCGCCAAUGACAAUCACAUCGAUGGUCCAGUCACAACAGCCGACGACGAUUCAUGGAAACAGACCGUGGCCCGAGGCGCAAAGCUCCUUAGAGGCAUGAAAGCCAGCGACGCCGAAGCCGCAACUCUUUACGAUCUAGGCGCCAGCGCCGAGAGCCCCUUCGAUGGCGACCUCAUUGACAAGUUACGUGAGUGGGGCUACAACGACGCCACCGAUGCCCUCGCCAAACAAGCAGAUCCCGAAUGCAAUUUCGACAGCUCAAGCGGAAACAUACUGAAGAAAGCUUUUGGCGACCUAAGCAUCGGGACCAAGCCGAAGAGUCAAGGCGGCCCAAACCAAUGUUUCCUAAUCGAGCACUUUGACAGCCCAGCUGUGAAGAAAGGCGAUGAUGGCAAGAUGCCCUUGAGAGCCGAUCAACGAUAUGACGUCUGCGACAAGGAAUACCGGGUCACUGGCGCCGAGCACACAAUCGGUGUCAACGUAGACGCAGGCGCAGUAUAUGCUAUCAACCUCUCUUCCGCUGCUAAAGCUGCGCGUCGCCUCUGGAGACGCGCCCCGAGUGUCGACGAACUCCCUGCUAUACGCAGCGUCUCGGAUAUCGCGUGGGCAUUUUGGAAUCGUGUACACGGUGAUGCGGAGAGUUUGCAAAAUAUUAGGUAUCUCUUUGUUACGAUGAUUAUCAACAAGGAGACGAAUCAACACAUUAAGCGUGCGUUGGGUACGUUGAAUCCACCGAAAGAGGACGUGGAAGGCUGGCCAGGACAUGAGUUCGAUAUGGAGUCGGAUGCGGGGAAAGCCUUGCUAGGAAUUCCUGUUGGGCGAUGGGCUGGGUACUUUCUCAUGCAACAUAAGAGGCAGUUGGGUGGGAAUAAAUGGAUCUCAAAGGUUAGAGUGUUCAAGUCUGAGAAGGCGGGCAGUUGGCCGUACUUUUUGUUCUAUGUUGACGGUGCCACGGCUUCUAGGACAGGCGCAGACAAGAUGGAGGUAGCAGGUGUGUACGAUAGGCCAAGAUUGGUAAGACGAAGUGAGGACGGAAAACAUAUUGUUCGAGAGUAUGUUGUGAGGACGAGGAUACCAAAGUCAAGGGGCUGA